CACGAAAGUAAUGUUGGCGACCCUACAACAAUGUAUGAAAAUUCCACGUUGACGAGAGCAGAGACCGUUUCUCCAUAUGCUGAACUUGACGUCCAGACUAUUGCAUCCUACGAGAUGAUAAAGCAUACUUUGUGACAUUAUAAUCUAAUAACGAGGUUACAGUCGGGUCGUUCUACUUACAGAAUGGGUAAGGAAGAUAUAAUAUCAUUUGAAGUAAACACAACGUCUGUUAAAGAAGGCAGUGCAGUUCUUUUUAAGUGUUUAUCUCAAAAACAGACGUAUGUUAUAGAAUUCCUUAGGGACAGUAGUUAUCUCGGAAAAUGUAGUAUUUUUAAUUGCCUUGUUAUAAGUACUGAUUACAUUACAUCAAAAAACACUUCUAGUGACAGUUACAACGAGAACUAUCUGACCAUUAAACUUUUCAUACAAACAAUGGCUGGAUCGUACACCUGUAGAUCGAUGGAGACUGGAGAUUCUAAAAUGAUUAACCUAACUAUUGCAGCUCCCAUAACAUAUGUGAAUCUCAACCCGACGAACAAUCCGGUGUCGGUUAUUGAAAACACCAGCUAUCAGUUUGAAUGUGAGACAUCCAUUGGUAGACCAUACGCUACAGUACGAUGGUUUAAAGACAACAGAACUAUCGAUAACAUUGCUGACGACAUUGAGCUUACACCUCUAUCAACAUCAAGUCAACUGAACGAAGUUACAAGAAGCGUUCUACAAUUUCAACCAACGAAACAUGACCACGGAAUGAGACUGUUUUGUCUUGCUAAUAACGGAGGUCCUGACAUAUAUUCUGCAAAGGCAGUUUUGGAUAUUUUGUAUGGUCCAAGUACUCCAACGUGUCAAUUCAACAGCUCAAUGGUUAAUGAAAGUAUAUACAUACGGGAAGGUCAGGAUCUCACCAUUUUAUGUUCAGCUGAUGGUAAUCCACCACCUUUUCUGACGUGGACGUACCCUGGAGGAACUUACUCUGGUCCUACCCUCCGUUUAAGCAAGAUUGCAACCGAUGCGAGUGGGAACUUCACAUGCUCUGCGGAAAAUACUUUGAAACCAACCGAUGAACAAGAAGUAAUUGGCUCUACCACCUUUACCUUUGCUGUUAAUGUUCACUUUCCGAUCGAUGCAGUAUUUAUUUCUUCACCAACAAAAGACGUGGUCGUCUUACAAGACAACGAAGAGCUUAUUGUCAAGUGCGAGUGUUUAGAUGGUAUACCAAAAGCAACGUUUGAAUGGUUUUUUAGACAAUGCAACCAAUGAUAACAAGACCGAUGACAAACUUAUUGCAAAUGAUAUUGAUGUGAGCGUCGAAAAUCAGUUUCAAAAUGGUAUAACAGUCAGCUUUUUUACAUACAAAGCCAAGCCUUCUGAAAGCGGUACGAGAAUAUAUUGUCUUGCAAGAAACGUAGUAAACGAAGUAAGAUCGAGCAAUUCUUUGCUUCUGGCAAUAAUCGGCAUUCCAGGACCGCCGUAUAACAUUCAAGUAAAAGACGUUACACAUGAUGCAGCGACCUUGAAAUGGAAUCAGCUUUACACAGGAGGUUUAGAGCUUUCUGUUGCCAUGGAACUUCAAGGAAAUACAAACGAAUGGGAGAAACAUGAAGUAUCAGAGUUUGUCAAUAAUAACACCAACAUGAGAGCUUCUUUAAACAACCUAAAAGCAUCCACAUCGUAUGUGUUGCGCGUCACGGUGUACAAUGUCUUGGGUCGAAGCAACACUUCUGAUGAGAUGAACUUUCAAACGCUUGAACAAAACGGAGGUGUUUCAUCAUUUGGACCCGCUGCACUGCUUGGUGGGAUUUCUGGAGCGUUCGUACUUGGUGUGGCGCUCGGGUUUGGUGCUGCGUGCCUUAUUGUUAAAGUUCGCCGUGGUAGAGCCUCGAAACAAGUCUUUGAAACGACGACAGCUGAAGCUAAAAGAGGUGAGAAAGAUUCUACAUAUUCUGAGCUUGACGUCCCAACCAUGGGAACUUCAACAUCCUACGAGAUGAUAACGCAUAACAUGUGACAUAAAUAUCUUAAUACGAAUUACUUUGUGACGAAGGUGUUGAUUUAUCAUACAAAUAAUAAUCAUUAAGCAUUAAAGUCUAGCUUUAUUUAAUGGCUAUUUUUCUGCAUAAUAGGUAGUCUUAAAGCUGGCACCAAUCUCUGAAUACAAAAGUCCAAAUUACCAGGCGAUGAAACAUAAUUGAAGGUGGUGAAGUACACAGAGUAGUAUUAACGAACGGAAAAAGGGAACCUUUGAAAUUAAGGUUUCAAAUGAUUCUCUGUAUUUUCACCUUAAAAACGGCCCUUGACAAAGGAAAUUUUGUUUUCAUGUAAUUCGUACCAUGCUAUUCUAAAUAGAAAUCGACUGCAAACAUGUUUAAAAUGUGAUUGUAGUUUGUGCUGAAACUACAUAUUGUUUUGGCAUGGAUUCGGGUGACUGCCUUAGAAUUAGGUUGUCAUUUUAGAUUUCUGUAUUCGACUUUAACAUUUUUGUUUAAACUAAAGUUCCGAAAUUAAGGACAAUUAUACACAUGUGUUAUCAACAACAGAGAAAGUCAAACUAAUGACUGGAAAUUAGAAUGCUUUUAAUACGGAUUCCGACCGAACAUCUUUGGCGACCAUAAUUACGUGUCUGUCAUUGAAGAAAGUUUGUGAAGCCUAAUACUUACUUAUACAUAAAUAUAUAUUCUUGUUUUAACUGUAUAAAAAGCUUUAUCUAUAUGAUGUAUUAUUAUUUGUGUAUGAAUAACUUUCUUAAGCUGAUUUUACAUAUAUUCAAUGUUGUUACAUAUUUUGGGUAAUAGAGUGUUUUCAUUUUUAUCGAUUCAUAUGUGCUUUCCAGUCUAUUUGAUAAAUGCUUUUGAUAUAGCAGGGAGUUAUUAAUUAUGAUACGGUUUUGGAAUUUGAUUUACGUAUAAUUGUGGAUGAAAAGGGAUUUUGUUUUUAUUCUUUUGGCAAAUCGAGGGUUUAGAUGUACAACAUGUUUAAUAUAAUGUUUUCUUAUGUAAUUAUAUGUAUAUUUGGCAAACUUUUUGCAUUUGUUCCAACUGUUUACCUUCGCCCGGGAUGUUUGUAAUUCAAGAAUAAAGCAUAUUAUCUGUACUGCAUAUCUUUACCCAGCAUUCUUGUCAUUCAAUAACAUCUUUCAAUUUGUGUAAAUAAGGAAGUGUAAUCAUUUAGAGGUUAUGAAAGUUGGAGUGUAUCUUACUGCAUAAAAAUGAUUGCAUAAUACUCUUUUGAAUGUAUUUGAUUAAUGAUAUGUAUUUCAAGGCUAAUAAAAGUGCUCCGUCCGUU